AUGGAGAAUCACAAGAUGGUAGCAUCGGUGUCUGUUAAGGAGGAGAUAGACAAUAACCUUGCGGUGCAGGAAGAGGAAGAUGUAGCAGAUGUGGGUUCCAGCAUGACCUUGGAAAGGGUCGCUGCAGCUAAGAAAUUCAUUGAGGACCAUUACAGGUCUCAGAUGAAACUCAUCCAACAACGCAAAGAGAGGCGUUUAGAGCUAGAACAGAAGUUAGCAUCUGCUCAUGUACCAGAAGAGGAACAGAUCAAUCAAUUGAAGGAUUUAGAGACCAAGGAAACUGAGUUUAUGCGGUUAAAAAGACACAAAAUAUGUGUUGAAGAUUUUGAACUUCUAACCAUUAUUGGGAGGGGAGCCUUUGGGGAGGUAACACUCUGUCGGGAAAAAACAUCAGGUAAUAUAUAUGCCAUGAAAAAGUUGAAAAAAUCUGAAAUGCUCAGCAGGGGACAGGUUGAGCAUGUUAGAGCUGAAAGGAAUGUACUUGCAGAAGUUGCCAGUGACUGCAUUGUGAAACUCUAUUACUCUUUUCAAGAUGAUGAACACUUAUAUCUCAUAAUGGAAUAUUUGCCCGGUGGUGAUAUAAUGACUUUGUUGAUGCGGGAAGAAACUUUGACUGAAACUGUGGCUAGAUUUUACAUUGCCCAGAGUGUUUUGGCCAUAGAAUCUAUUCAUAAACAUAACUACAUCCACAGAGAUAUAAAACCUGACAACCUUCUAUUGGACAAAAACGGUCACAUGAAGCUAUCAGAUUUUGGUCUGUGCAAGCCACUUGACUGCUCAAGCCUAUCAUCUAUUCAUGAAAUGCAGAUCCUCGAUGAUGGGAACUUAUAUGAUACCAUGGAUGUUGAUGGAGCCUUGCCAAAUGGCAGAAAUGGUAGGCGCUGGAAAAGUCCCUUGGAACAACUACAACAUUGGCAAAUUAAUAGGAGGAAGCUGGCAUUUUCCACUGUUGGAACUCCAGACUAUAUUGCCCCUGAAGUAUUACUGAAAAAGGGUUACAGUGUGGAGUGUGACUGGUGGUCUCUUGGUGCUAUACUGUAUGAAAUGCUAGUUGGAUAUCCUCCAUUUUACUCUGAUGAUCCUGUAACAACAUGCAGAAAGAUCGUGAACUGGAAAAAUCACUUGAAAUUUCCAGAGGAGGCCAGAUUGACACCUGAAGCCAAGGAUCUAAUAUGCAGGUUGCUUUGUGGUGUUUCACAUAGACUUGGCACUAAUGGAGCAGAUGAAAUUAAAGCUCAUCCUUGGUUCAGAGAUGUCGUAUGGGACAGGCUCUAUGAAACGGAGGCAGCAUUUAAACCACAAGUCUUUGGAGAGCUUGACACUCAGAAUUUUAUGAAAUUCGAUGAAGUUGAACAACCAAAACCAGCUAGAUCUGGAUCUGGACCCUUCAGAAAGAAACUCUUAACUUCUCAAGAUCUCAGUUUUGUUGGCUAUACAUAUAAGAACUUUGCUGCUGUCAAGGGGAUGCGUCAAUCUAAUGAUCCAGGUAGCAUGUCACCACAGCGAACAUCCAUUGACUCCACACACAGUGAUUCGGCGGUAAACUAUUCCAACUGAAUGGACAUCACAAAAUCAUAGAUGGUUGCAUCCUCUGGACUAACCCCUAGCACGAAAGCCUUUGUACUGAAGCGAUUAGUGGGAUGAUAUGUAAAAUACCUGCAUACUUGAGAAAGGAAGAUGAUGUGCGCUGUGGGUGACUCAGCUUGAUGAGAUGAACUGAAGCCUCAGACGGG